UGGUGCUAACAAAAGUCUUAGCCACUGGAGAGCAGCGUAGGGCCGUGGGUCUCCUCUCUGGGAACCAGCAACAAGUGGCUUGCAGCAGCACUUUCCCUUAGGAAGAAGUGCAUUGAGAGCGCUGGGACAGAAGGAGCUCGUCAGCUCUUCCUCUCUUCGCCCUCUGAAGCCCUAAAGGGAUGUCCUUGUCUGCCUAGUCCUGGGAUGCUGGAAGCUGCACCUACAGAUUCCUCUAGUACCGCUGCCUGACCCUGCCUUUGGAUUAUUAAGUGGAGCUGCGGCCCCUCGGGUUACCUUUCUUGCAAAAAAUAGAAAGGAGAAAAAAAAAAGAAAGAAAGAAAAAAGCAAAGAAAAGAGCAAGUCCAGCUGGAGAACCUGGGGUGUGUGUGUGAGGGGGAGGUGCAUUGCCCUCCCAGAGAUGGUCCUUGUUUAGGGGUUCUGAAGUAUGUCAAAGUAAUCGUUCGGGAUAGGAGGGUUCACUUGCCCGCUUUCCUCAACCCCUAGUUGCCUAAGAACCCCGUCUUGGCUGGUUAGACAUGGUGUGUAUGGGGAGAAGGAGAGUAUGAAGCCUGCAGGAUGGGAGCGAACAAUGGCAAACAGUACGGCAGUGAGGGCAAAGGCAGCUCAAGCAUCUCAUCCGACGUGAGUUCAAGUACAGAUCACACGCCGACCAAAGCUCAAAAGAAUGCAGCUACCAGUGAAGAUUCCGACCUGAGUAUGCGCACACUCAGCACCCCUAGCCCAGCCCUGAUCUGUCCACAGAACUUGCAAGGCUUUCAGAAUGGAAGAGGUUCUUCCACCUCAUCUUCCUCCAUCACAGGAGAGACUGUGGCCAUGGUCCACUCUCCCCCUCCAACCCGCCUCACCCAUCCUCUCAUCCGGCUAGCCUCGAAACAACAAAAAGAACAGGCGCACAUCGACCGCCUCCCAGACCACUCCAUGGUCCAGAUAUUUUCUUUUCUACCCACCAACCAGCUGUGCCGCUGUGCUCGCGUGUGCCGUCGCUGGUACAACCUGGCGUGGGACCCCCGCCUCUGGAGGACUAUUCGUUUGACAGGCGAGACCAUCAAUGUGGACCGAGCCCUCAAAGUACUAACCCGCAGGCUUUGUCAGGACACCCCUAAUGUAUGUCUCAUGUUGGAGACGGUGACUGUCAGUGGCUGCAGGCGGCUAACAGACAGAGGACUUUAUACCAUUGCCCAGUGCUGCCCAGAACUGAGGCGUCUAGAGGUUUCAGGCUGUUACAACAUCUCCAAUGAAGCUGUUUUCGACGUGGUGUCCCUCUGUCCCAACCUGGAGCACCUGGAUGUGUCAGGAUGCUCUAAAGUCACUUGCAUCAGUCUGACCCGGGAAGCCUCCAUCAAGCUGUCCCCUCUCCACGGCAAACAGAUUUCCAUCCGCUACUUGGAUAUGACAGACUGCUUUGUCCUGGAGGAUGAGGGUCUGCACACAAUCGCGGCACAUUGCACCCAGCUGACUCACCUGUACCUGCGCCGCUGCGUCCGCAUCACGGACGAGGGCCUCCGCUUCCUGAUGAUCUACUGCGGCUCUAUCAAGGAGCUGAGCGUGAGUGACUGCCGUUUCGUCAGUGACUUUGGCCUGCGGGAGAUCGCCAAGCUGGAAUCGCGUCUGCGCUAUCUCAGCAUCGCCCACUGCGGCCGGGUCACAGACGUGGGCAUCCGUUACGUGGCCAAGUACUGCAGCAAACUGCGCUACCUGAACGCGCGGGGCUGCGAGGGCAUCACGGACCACGGGGUGGAAUAUCUAGCCAAAAAUUGCACAAAACUCAAGUCUCUAGACAUUGGGAAGUGCCCUUUGGUGUCGGACACUGGCCUGGAAUGCCUGGCCCUUAACUGCUUCAAUCUGAAGCGCCUGAGCCUCAAGUCCUGUGAGAGCAUCACGGGGCAGGGCCUCCAGAUCGUAGCCGCCAACUGCUUCGACCUGCAGAUGCUGAACGUGCAGGACUGCGAGGUGUCCGUGGAGGCUCUACGCUUUGUGAAACGCCAUUGCAAGCGCUGUAUCAUAGAGCACACCAACCCUGCCUUCUUUUGA